CCCAACUCCAUCCAUUUCGACUGUUUCUAUCCUAUCCAAGGGUUCUUCCCUCUCAAAAAAAGUUCUCUGUAAUCGAGAAAUUGGUUUUGAUUCUCAUUUGGAGUAAAUUGUCUCUCCUCUGAAAUCACGCCCCCCGGUGAUCCCUCCAAGGAAAAAAAAGAGAGGAUGGAGGAGCUUUUUGUGGCAAUUCUAUCUAUGCUUCUCUUGGUGGCCUUGAUUCCUCUUUAUCUGUGGAAGCGCCGUCAAGCUUCUCGAUCUCCCGAUCACACAGAAGAUGUUCAGCAGGUUCCGCAGAGGGAAGCUGUGGUACGAGCAACGGGUAAUCGACGGAUGCGAAGGAGACCGGCUUCUGCUGCCAGCACCUCUUCAGCCCCUAUAGAAGAAGAAAUUGUUGAUGGAAGUGAUGACGAAGCUGCUGAAGGAGAUUAUUAUAACGCUAAAGCAUCAAAGAAAAAAGACAAGAAACGGCAAGAGCGGGAAGCACAGCGUCAGGCUGAGGAGGCUUCACGUGAGUCAAGGCAUACAAAACAAGAUCGUUAUGCAGAGAUGCGGAGGCGGAAAGAUGAGGAGCGUGAAGCACUAGAACGUCAGCAGGAAGAAGAAGCUAUGGCACGAAAGGCCAAGGAGGAAGAAGCUGCUGCUUUAGAGUUUGAAAAAUGGAAAGGAGACUUUUCUGUUGAUGCUGAAGGUACAACAGAAAAUGAAGUGCAAGAUGGAAGCCAGGGCUUGCUUUUUGAUUUUGUUGAAUACAUUAAGAAGCACAAAUGCAUCCCCUUGGAAGAUCUUGCUGCAGAAUUCAAGCUACGAACUCAGGACUGUAUCAACCGGAUCAACUCACUGGAAAAUAUGGGGAGACUAUCUGGGGUGAUGGAUGAUAGAGGAAAGUACAUAUACAUCUCCUUGGAAGAAAUGCAAGCAGUUGCUGAUUAUAUAAAGCGUCAGGGGAGGGUUAGCAUCUCACACUUGGCUAGCCAGUCCAACCAGUUCAUAGAUUUGGAACCAAAAGCCCAAUUUGUCGAGGAAAUCAGCAGCGUAGAGGAGAUAACUGCGAUCUCGAGAUGUGAUGCAUUUGGAAUCUCUGAUGUAAUCUUCAUAUGGUUAACGAGCAAACAAAGUUCCAGUAACCUCAAGAAUCUUUUGCCGACGUCAUCAUCGUCGUCCUCCCACCCCGAUUCCUCUUCCUAUUUAACAAAAAAACCUCAAAACACAGAAAUACAAAUGAGCUCGUUUCCAGGUAUGAAAAUACCAUGGAAAGGGGUACAACCUUGCCUUGUAGUCCUAGUCCUGUUUUGUUUUUCCAUUCAGAUAUGUAAUUGCCAGAACGACGACGAGACCCCAUCGCCGCCCAAGGACCAAGGCUUGUGCAAUGGCAUAUUCGUGACGUACACCUUCUCGGAACGCGAGAAGAUAUACCCUCUCGUGAAGAAUGCGUCCGCACAAGCGUGGAAGUUCAAUUCGCAGGUAAUGAUUUUGAAUUCGGGAACCGAAGAGCUGAAGUCGUGGAAGGUGUUUAUAGGGUUCCAACAUAAUGAGAUUUUGGUGAGCGUGGAUGGGGCUCAAGUGGUGGAUGCAGAUGAUUUUCCGAUUCGGGUCGGGAAGAACGGGACCACCAUCACCGGGUACCCGAAUACGGAUCUGAAGACGGCAAUCGAGACGGCCGCAGAUUUUACCCAGAUUCAAGCAAACGUUGACAUUACCGGGACGCAAUUCGGGAUGAAGACCGGGACGCCUAUGCCCAAGACAAUUCAUCUUGCCAAUGACGGCUUCAAAUGCCCUGCUGCUAAAAGACAAUCCAACACAAUGCACGUAUGUUGUCACAAGGACCCAAAAUUCAAGACCAAAGUGACGAAAACGAAGUUCAUGCCGAGGCAAUACGGCGACCUCUCCCUCACGUACGACGUGCUACAAGCCUACGAAGGCUACUACCAAGCCCAAGUAACCAUAGACAACUUCCACCCUCUCGGCCGACUCGACCACUGGAACUUGACCUGGGAAUGGAUGCGAGGCGAGUUCAUCUACACCAUGAGAGGAGCAUACACGCACAAGAAAGACUCCUCCGACUGCAUUUACGGUCCUCAGGGACAAUACUACCAGAGCUUCGACUUCACCCCCGUUAUGAACUGCGAACGAAAGCCCAUCAUCUCCGACUUGCCGGCCGAGAGAGUCAACGAUGACAAAGUCGGGAAGUUGCCUUAUUGCUGUAGAAAUGGAAGUCUUUUGCCCACCAUCAUGAACGAGACUCAGUCCAGAUCAAUUUUCCAGUUACAGGUACAAAAAAUGCCGCCGGACUUGAACAGGACGGCCUUCUACCCGCCGCAGCGGUGGAAGAUCAACGGCGUUCUCAACCCCGAAUACAAAUGCGGGCCCCCGAUCCGCAUUGACCCGACCGAGUUCCCGGACACCAGCGGCCUCGCCGCCACGAGCUACGCCGUUGCUAGCUGGCAGGUCACCUGCAACAUCACCAAGCCGAAACCAAAACAAAACCGCUGCUGCGUCUCCUUCUCCGCCUACUACGCGGACGCCGCAGUCCCCUGCCCCACCUGCGCCUGCGGCUGCGAUGACGACCUCGUCCACGACAGCAAGUGCGACCCUGACGGCGCCGCCCUCCCCAUCCCACCCGAGUCCCUCCUCGUCCCCUUCGCGAACCGGACCACCAAGACCAAGGCCUGGGCCGCCCUCAAACACAGAACCCUGCCCAAGAAACUCCCCUGCCCGGACAACUGCGGCGUCAGCAUCAACUGGCACGUCAACACCGAUUACAAGUCCGGCUGGACGGCUCGGAUGACCUUGUUCAACUGGGAAGCUGAUCCGUUUCAGGACUGGUUUGCGGCGAUCAACAUCAAGAAAGCUUACCCGGGUUACGAAAACGUCUACUCGUUCAACGGGACGAAUCUGCCGGCGCUGAACAACACCCUGUUCUUCCAGGGCUUGAAGGGGCUGACCUACUUGAACGGGAUAGUGAACGGGACUAACCCGGCUUCGGACCCGAGCGUGCCCGGGAAGCAGCAGUCGGUGAUUUCUUUCUUGAAGAAGAACACGCCCGGGAUCAAUGUGGCGAUUGGAGACGGGUUUCCGACCAGGGUGGUGUUCAAUGGGGAAGAGUGUGCGCUGCCCACCGAGUAUCCGAAGAGGAGCGGGGUCACGCGGCCGUCGAGUGGUGGGUUUGUGGUUGCGGUGGUUGUUGGGAUUGUGAGUCUUGUGCUAGUGACUGAUCGCCUUGGCUGAGAUAUGAAACCAAGUUAUGCUCAGUUCUGGUCCAUUUUUUAGGUAGAGGAAAUGCCCCACACGCGAGGGCGGUGACAGAGAAGAUGAACAGAGAGGACAGUGAUUGUGAAGAGUACUGUUUUUAACAGUUUAAGUUUGAUUCCGGGGAGAAGCAGAGAUGGGGAGAUUACGAAAAAAAAAAAAGUUUCGAAAACGAACACUUGUUCUUGAUUGUAUGCAUUUUGUACACUUCAGAUACUUGUUAUUUAUAAACAACUUACUUCAGA